GAGCCACUUUUACCUUCCAACUUCACGUCUCCCACCCACCAUGGCUUCAACAGCGGACAUGGAAGACGACGAUCCUGUCGUGGCCGAGUACAAUGUCUACAUCACUCCCGACACAGAGCAACAACAACUAUACGUCCUACAAUACCUGAAUCGUCCGCCAGAUCAACCCUUCACCAAGGCUACAGAGAGUCAACCCUCAGAACUGCGCAUCAAGAAGGAAUCUGGCUUCAUCGAAGUCGACGUUCCCAUUGGCAUCCACCAGCACUACAACCGGACUGCAGGUGUGCGCUGGGGCGAGGCCAUGCGCAAGACGAAAGGCUUUGGCCAGAGGGCGUUCGGCAUUGCAUCAGGCUUCGAGCGAACAAUGCCGCGCACGACCAACCGACCUGGCGCCAGCGAAGGAGCACCGCCGGCACCCAUUGCGACUGAAGACGACGACAACUUCGAAGAAUACGUGACUCACUUUGAAGAUGCGAACGAGAAAGGACACGUCCUCAAUACGCAGACAUUUGGCGGCCAAAUUAUGGAUGACGACGGCAAGGGACCCAGUUACAUGCUCGGGACGUUUCGUGACGACCAACUACACCUCACGCGCCUCGACGGACUUGUCCAGCUUCGGACGCAGUUCCACCACAUCGAUGCCUCUGCCCAGCUAGAAGCCGUACAUCGGCGCCGCGAGAAAGAGUCGCAAGAAGGCGCAAAGCCCGCUGAGCCCAAGGCGUUCCUUCCUACCGUGAAGAAGACCGGUGGAGACACGGCGGCUGAGAUGACGCAGGCCUUCAUGAAGAAUACAAGUCAGGAGACGUGGAACAAGCUGCAGUACUCUGACGAAAACGUACGAACUUCCUUAGCUCUGCUCAAGAGCCAUGUUAACAAGAAUAUUGUAGUCGGAUGCAGCUUUCGACUCAUAUACCGACCGCCUGUUCCUCCCCGAUAUCUCAGCAGCCCCGAAACUUCAUUCCAACCUGAACAAUCAUCAGUUCCUCGAUACUAUUAGCGCUCCAUCGAGCGGCAAAGGAGGCAAAAAGAAGAUGAUAACUAGGCGCGGUGCUGAUGAUCUGGUCGAGAUAUCCGAUGACUCGGAAGAAGAGGAUGGAGGGGAGCAACCCGUGAGUUAGUAACAUGAAUUUUCGAGCACACAUAAGGUGGCCAGCCCACAACACAAGUCAGCUUGAGGCCAGCUGGUGCUAUUUAUACCCAUUUAUACCCAUUGAUAUACCAAGAUACCCAGCAAUAGCAUUCGAGAAUCAGAGCUACAGAUGACUAUGUAAUUGCUCAAGCUAUCAAAAUAAGCUUGAUCUUUGAUUACAAUAUGUCAUCG